AUGCAUUUUAGAAAUUUUAAGUUAUAUUCCAAGGGAUAUCAUUCUGCUACCCACAAGCAAGCUACCACUACCUUUUUUGAUAGUACCUAUCAUUAUAUAAAAAAAAAUAGAACUCUACUAAAUUCUGAGGCACACGCACCACCUCUAAUCCAUGGGACUUCUAACUCAACUAAUGCCAAUGUUCUGGCUGCAAAUGUAAAUUAUAAUAACAUUGAACAUAUCCUAGCUACUAAUCAUAAUAAUAACGAAGACGAUAACAAUAAAGUGUCAGAUGAAAAUACUACUGAACAAGGCAAUACUGAAGAAAAUAUUGUAUCAGAAGAAGCUAGUAAAACGCAUGCCACCAAAGAAAAUGAUUUGCCUAGUGAACCCAAAGUCAUUAAUAACGCUAACAGUGCACGAUGCUUUUUUUCUUCUUCAUCUCCCACUCCUGGUGCUACUGAAAUUGCUCCUUUUAAGGUGACUAGAGAAAGGAGAGCUUCUUUUAAUGUUGCAUCAACAUUGCACUCUAAAGAUUUAUAUACAAGUAAUAAGAACCAAAAAUUGAUAUUUCAGGAAAAACUUUCCAAAAAUUACUAUUCAACCGCUGCUACUUUAGAUGCGGCUAUAGAAAAUUUGAAUAAAAAAAUACUAAUUAAGGAACCACAACCCGCUUGGGAAGCUGAUACUGAAGUCACUUUAAAUAAAGCUCAAUUUCUAAAGCAAACGGUCAAGGAAAUAGACGAUUGUUUAAUGAACAAGAAGGAUUACAACAAAAUUUAUUCUCUAUACAAUGCGUUGAAAAGAAAUGAUAUUGUCCCAUCGGUGGAAGUUUAUUCGAAAAUUAUAAAAUCGUUAUGCAUUCGUGAUCUGGAUUCGAAAUCCUUGGAUGAUAAAAUGUUUAACUUGUUAAAUUGUUACCAGGAUAUAAUCAAUAAUAAAAUAAAACCCACUCCGGAUAUCUAUGACCAGGUUAUUAAAACGUUAUUUGAUGGCUCUAUUAUUGCAUUUAAAACAGCAAAUGCCAACGGUACUGAUUUUUUUAAAAUUGCAACCGAAUUAUUUCAAACAGUCCAAGCUCAAAAAUUAAACAAUCCAUCCCAAGAACUCUUGGAGAAUUUCCUAUUGGCUGUUUCUUUAUACCCUGGAUUUGUCUCCAUAGAUUAUAUUUUUAAGCACAUUACCCCUUACAUAACCACUAAGAACUCGGACUUUUACAUACCAUUAUUUCAUUAUGCUAAAUUGUGUAAUGAUUACAAGACUAUAAAAUUACUUUAUGAAGAGUUCAGGUCUAUCUUAUUGUCUUCCUCGGUAGACAAUGAUUUAAGACACAACCAAUACAAGGUAUAUGCCGUUGCUUUGGCUGGUUUGGUAGAGUGUGGCCAAUUAAGAAUAGCUUUGAAACUAUUAGAUGGACUAAUACUUGAAAUUAGACAAGAAAACGGGUCCAGUGAGAAUAUAGAAGUUGUUUUGUCCAAUUUCCUUAUAUCAUUUAGUAAAAUAAAUCCGGAAAAAGCUUACAAUUUAUGGUUUAACUUUAAGAAAUUAUCGUGGAUUCCAGAAUUUUCCUAUGAAUUUUAUUUAUCGAUGUUGGGUAACUGUUUGGGUAACUGGCCUUUGGCUGUUAAAAUUUACGAUUAUCUAUUUUCUAUGGAAAGAUCCUUUAGAAAAGAGGAUGUUUCUAACAAGACUGACUUAUUGGUUUAUCCGUUUGGUGUUGAGUCUAUUUUAAGUUCAUUUAUGGAUUAUUCUUUACAAUUAAAUGACACGCGAAUGGUUUUGAAAUUAUUAGAAGAAUCUAUUAUUAAAUCUUUUAAAUUUGAAAUUGUUUUGUAUCCGCAUAUUUUUGAUUAUUUGAAGAAUAAAUUAGAAAGCCCUGACUCAUAUCUUUUGCGUUUAGUAGAGUCGCACGGCUCUUCAAUGAAUACUGGUUUGGAAAAGUUUGAGUUUUUGAAUAGCUUAGUUGACAAGUAUCAUUCUCAGGUGAUUUUGAAUAAAGUUGGUCAUAUGCCAUUUUUUAUGGGAUAUUGCAAAGAAUUUGAUACAACAUUAAACUAUAAUUAUGCUGGAGUUAUUGCCGUUUUCCAAGCCAUGUGGUGUUCACCUCAAACAGUUGAAACUUAUGUUUACAGUUUGGAAAUACAUGCUUUAAUUGUUUCUGAAUUUAACAACUUGGAUCAUUAUUUCACACAAUGUUCCAAUGAAGUGUUACUAGAUUUUAAGGAAAAGAUUACUGAGAGAUUUAAAAAAUUAAUUAUCAAUUACAAGAGAAUGCAUUUGGACCCAACAAAAUUGUCUGACAAGGUAGUACAACUGAGCACAAGAGUGUUGGACAUUCCAGAAAUUGAUGAAGAAUAUUUUUUGCAUUUAGGUGACUGGGAUAAAUCAUAUCCAAUAAGUUUGGGUGGGAUGAUAAGAACCACUUUCAACACUGGUAUUAAGGAAUUCCAAAGAUUAUCGAAGGAAGGUUACUGUUUUGAUUUUGAUACAUAUAAUGCUUUGAUUACCAAGAAUAUUAUUGAUAGCGAAAUAAUAACCAAGGCUAUCGAGCUAGUGCCUUCUAACGAUGCCCUGAGAGCUAUGUGCAAUACUUUGGUAGUUAAUAGUAGAACAAGUAAGUCUUUAAUGGUGAUUGCGAAUCAUCCCUUAUUUUCACAAAAAAUAUUAGUUUGCUUGAAGGAUUAUCAAUUGCAGAAAAUUGCACAUGCUUUUAAUGAUAACAUCCAUACUUUUAUCAAGUUGAUCGAUUUCCCCGAUCAUUUCAAAAGUAUUACAUUACAGGCUGAAUAUAAAGAGACCGUGAAUUACAUUUAUGAAAUGUUAUUUAAUUUAUGUGAUUACAAGACUAUGCUGAAAUAUAACAAAAUUUUACCAAUUUUGGAUACCGAACUAUUAUUGAAAACAUAUAUUAGGGGCGGGGACUAUGAAAAAUUUAUUUCUGAAUUUAGUAAAUACAAAAAGGCUUUACAAGCUAAUGUAGCUAACGAUAUUUGGGCUGAAUACUUGAUCAAUAAUAAGAAAUUUGAGGAAGCUUUAGAAACCUUGGCUAAAAGUGGCAAAAACAUAACUCCUCAUAAGACCAAUGACUUGAGAUCCUAUAUUUUGUUUAAUUUGAGUCUUGUCAAUGAAGACUUUGAGCAAAUUGAUGUUAUUGAGAAUACUUUACAGUUGGCUAAUGUUUUGUGUUCUAUGGGUAGUUACCAUGAUAUGAUUUUAGUUUACCAAGAAUAUUUUAGCGAUUUACCUAUGCAGCCAUUGGCUUUGAAAAAGGAAAUUUUGGAUCAAAUGUUGAAUAAUUUUGAAAGUUCUUUACAGUUUGACCAAUCUAGUAAAGCUUUGAAAAAUAUUUCUGAUAGAUUGAAAAAUUAUUUUAGGUUUAAAAGAUUUUUAGGUAGUUUUGAGAUGAGUUUUACCGAGUUAUCUAAGAUUUUACAUAUAUGGUCUUUAGUUUCGCCUAAGAACAUACCAUAUCUUUUCAAUAAUGUUGUUGAAAGCAUUUACAUUAAUUCUUUAUCUACGGAAUUGUAUAUUAUGAGCGAUUUUGUUUUCCGUUUCAAACCAGCACAGUUAUCUAAGUUGCUAUCUCAAAUAAGAGACUAUUUUAUCAAAUCUGAUGCUAGUGGUAACAUUACCAAGAUUGACCAGUUUAUGAAAGUUGUUAGUAAACUUUAUGGACGUGCAUGA